AUGGCUCAGAAAGCUGCAAAGUCUCUGGCCACCCGCAAUGGCGCUGUCCUCGUCCGCACUCACCUCAUCUCUGCUGCGUUGCACUUUCUCUUCCUCGCAUUGCACUUCGUCUUCCAACGCCCUCGCUCUCUGAAGCCUUACUUCUUCUUGGCUGUGCCAACUCUUGCCAUCGAAUACUACUUGGACCGCAUGGGCCGACCCCGUUAUAACGAGGAUGGUUCCCUUCGUUCCGCGGGCGAGGAUCUCAAUGCCACCGGUCUGACAGAGUACAUGUGGGAUGUUCUGUACUGGACACAAGGCUGCAUUGUUGCUGCUUGUCUCUUCAACGACCGUGCUUGGUGGCUAUGGAUCGUGAUCCCGCUGUACUCCGUCUAUGCCGCCUAUACGACUGUCAUGGGCGUGAAGAAGGGAUUCGCCGGAAUGGGUGGUGGUGCUGGCGAGGAAGCUGAUGCCCCGAAAAGCAAGACACAAAUGAAGAAGGAAAAGAGAGGAUCUACCAUGAAGUACCGGUGA